AUGUCCGAAUGCCUCCCACGAGAGUGCCUGGAAUGCUUUGCGACAUCAUAUUAUGGACGCAGACAAGGCUCAGAUCACAUUCAGAGCAGCGGAAGGAAGCUAUACACUAAGUGUCUUCGAGCAUUGAAUAGCUGUCUUCGAGAGCCGGAGUCGUCAAUAGCGAGCGAGACUAUCAUGUCGAUUAUCAUUCUCACGAUAUGCGAAUAUCUCACCGCGACAAGCCCUACAGCCUGGAUAGAGCACAUGCACGGAUUGGCCGCUUACUUUCGCUUCCGAGGCCUUGGAAUUUUUCGUCAACCACUGGUACUCGAGCUUUUUGAGGCCACUCGAUUUUCGAUGAUCACGGCAGCUGUGGCCACUCGACAAGCUACAUUUCUCGCUUUGGAUUCAUGGAAAACGGAUCCGUGGAGAGCGGCCGGGCUCAAGAAGACCAUGGUGCAAUGCUUGAUAGAUCACGCCGCAGAGAUUCCGGCCCUUUACGUCGAUUUUAUACAGUAUUUGAAAACAUCAAGUCCAGUCACGAAAGCGAACAUGGCGGCUGUCUUGGAGGUGAAUAUGGCGAACCUCUUCAAGAAAUUUCAAAGUUGGCAUCACACGUGGAAAAUGGAAAACGAUUCAUUCAUUCAAGAGGUCACUCUCUCGGUAGAGGAACAAGAAUACUUCGGUGUCUCUUCUAAGCUUGCCUUUAUCAAUAUCGACCACACGGUUACGGAGAUCCACUACCUCCAAUCUGUGAUAAUUCUGCUGGAAUUGUGGAAAAAGUUUCGUGGAGUUGCUCCCAGGCUCGCUAUGGAUGCCCAGGGCGGACAGAACUGUCACCCAGAAGAGACCAGAGCCGCCAGGUCGGAUCAUCACCCACCAACAACCUCACUGCAUAUGGAAGGCCACGCAGCUGCCUUGGAGAUUUGCCGGAUAAUACUCGGAUGUCUUCAACCCUCGGGGAGACUAGCCUAUGCGGUUCAAUUCAUCCUAGCCAUUCGAAUGGCACUCACUGUCUUUCGCCAGGAAGAUGGAAACUUGCAAGUAACGUGGCUGGAAGGUUGUCUACAAAGAAGCUCGGAAAUAAAGCACGGCUGGGACAUUGGGAACAAUGCCAUGCAAUCCUAUCAAUUGGCUUGA